CUGCGCUGUGGAGCAUCAGCCAGGCCAAGGCGGCACGAUUUAUCAACGAUUGUAAUCUCGCUGCGUCGGACGAUUACAUUGACAAGGUCAAGAAUAACAACCGAGAGCCAUGGAGGCCGGCACGGAGGAGGAUCAUCAUGAGGUCCAACAGGACAUCCAACAAAUCCACAAAGUCCUCGGGGAAAAUAAAGAAAUUGAAGAAGAGGAAGAAUCUGAUGAGGACGACGAUGGUCGAAGUAGAGAAGAAGAUGGAGCGUAUCUGGGAGCGGGUCCUAGUACUUCUGGAGGGGCCAUCUCUCAGGUAUCACCUUCCAGGCCUCCUGUCCCUGAGUCCCUCUUCCUGUCAAGGUCCAUGGAACCUACUGCAGAGAAUCUGUUACAGGUCAACCUGAGUUACCAGGACAUGGUCUGCACCCUCCUGGACAACAUCAAGGAAGCAAGAAGAAAGAAUGCUGCAAUACAAAAAAGUGUUGCAUCAAAGACCACAACCUAUGUCAAAGGAGCGAGACCCAUAACACAUUUUCAGAAACAUUACUUCUCUGGAGACUCAAGCACAAUGCCACCUUUGAGUGAUGAAGCAAAGGAUAUUAAAUCCAGGAAUAUUCCAAUGCCUUUCAUUCAACCAGCAAAAUCAUGGACUGCUGAUGAGGACAGAGCACUGUACGAAGGCGUCCGUAACGACGGCCUUCAGCGAGUCAUGAAACCUCUUAUGGCCCGACAGGAGAUCCUCUACGAGAAACGACGAUUGGCCAUUGACGACGAGAAGCACCAACUCACGGUUGAAAUUAACAACAUUACAACCCAACUGGAACAUUUGAAAGCUCCAGAGGAAGAACUGCUUGGAGACAGGAUGAGGGACAUGGAUUGGCUGAAGAUCUCUUCCCUACAUUUGAACGGGGAGAGGUCCGCCAUGGAGUGUCAGCUGAGAUGGCAAAACAUCCUCCACCCAUUCAUCAAUAAGAAGGCGUGGUCUGCGGAGGAAGAGAAACGCCUUGAUGAAGUCUUGGAGACCGUCCAAGGGAAGGACUGGUCUGAUUACAUCAGGGAGCUUGGGACGAAUAGGUCUCCUUUUGACUGUUUCUCAAACUACCAGCAUCGAGACAUCUAUGCAUAUGUGUUGAGGCCCUUCACUGAAGAAGAAGAUGAAUUGAUUUUGGAGCUAGCUGAGAGGUUUAAAGUUGGUGAUUAUAUUCCUUUUAGUAAAGUUGCUUACUUCAUGGACCAGCGGUUAGGAAGACAGAUAGCAUUGAGAUGGAGACGAAAGCUCGACCCUGAUUCCAAGAGGGGCUUCUGGACAAAAGAGGAAGAUGACGCUCUGCUGGAAGGCAUUCAAAAGUUUGGGUUCAAGUGGUCCAAACUAUCCAAGCUUGUGAGAGGAAGGAAUUCAGCCCAGGUUAGAGACAGGUGGUCGUACACUCUAGAUCCCUCCAACAGGAAAGGAAACUACACCUUGAAAGAAGACCUUGCUGUCUUGCAAAAUUUGAAAGAGCAUGGUGUGGGACAUUGGGUUACUAUAGCAAAGAAGCUGAAUGAGGUGACGGGUAUCUCUCGCACACCAAACUCCAUUCUCCAUCGGUUUAAUACACUGUUCCAGAUGUUUUUUAAGAAAGCCAAAGGCAUCAGCCUCCACGAAGGUGACUCCAUGGAUGUUCUGAGCAAGAUGCCCUUGAGUCUCAUCCUUGAUGAAAUGAUUGAAUACAGGCAGAGUCUUGGAGAAAUCAACACUUUACAGGGAUCCAGGAACUGGAAAGACUUGUACACGCGCAAGAGACGAAAGCCCAGGAGUCCACCUCCCCGUAUCUUAGCCAAGAAUGCUUCGUUCAUCACGAGAAGAAAUGUCCUUUCAGAGCUUGAUAGGGAAAUUCUGGAUGCCAUCAAGCCAAUAGGAUGGGCUUACCCUACCAUUAGUCAAGACGAUUGGAGGUCGUUCUACAGAAAUAAAGAAGAGAGAAAACAGAGACGUCACUAUAUCUUCUCUGUCCUCUUGAAGGCAUUGGACAUCAGUAUGAAGGGCAAUGAAGCAUUUCUUGCAUCCAUGCUUACCAACCACAAAGGUGUGCAAGCUCUCAAGGAUCACCAGCUUAUCCCAAAACCUGAUGCAGUGAAGACUGAAAGGGUCAAGGUUCCAGAUGAUGAUGAUGAUGAUGAAGUGGAACUGUCAGAAAAAGAGAAAAUGUCAUCAAAGAAUGCCAAGAAAGUUAAGAAAUCUAAGAAAGCAAAAAAAUCUGAGGAAUCAAAGUACACUGAAAAACCUAGCCAUGACAAGGAAGGAGCUAGUGCCACUCUUCCUGGUGUUCAGGAAACAGGUCAGAGGUCUGAAGAAACUCAUGUUGCAGAUGUAUCAACAUCUCAACCAAGUGUAGCACAUCUGCCAGAAAAUGUGCCUGUGCCGCAAGGAAAUGCUUCAAUGAUGCCACAAAAUACCAUAGCGACCCAGGGGAAUGUUCUGAGACCACAGGUAAAUGGCAGCAUCACACAAGCUAGCAUUUCCCACUCUCAGUUUGGAACUAGACCUCCGAUGGCUGUCUUAGGUAAUGGUUCCUUGGCGGUGAAGGGUGGCUAUCUCGUGCCAUUGAAGAACUAUGUCUCCCAGUUUGGGUGUUAUGGCAAUCAAACAAAUUUGGUGACUGUCAUGCAACCUAGAUUGGGUGGUGCAGUGCAUACUCCUGUGCAAGCUCCAUUGCAAACACCCAUGCAGCCAGGUGGUCUGCCUGGUAACAACAUGCAGAUCAUCUCCAACGUGGCUCCACCUCCUAUGCAAGGUAUCCUGAACAUUCCACAGCAAACUGCUUUGUUUACCCCUCAAGUUCCCCUUAUUGAUUCAAAAGCUGCUGUUCGUAAUGUGAUGCCUCUUACCACCAACAUUGCUGGCAUGCAGCCAAUUGCUGUACAGCCCCCUCUUCAACAACCACCACGAAUACUCCAUGUCCCUGGAAAGGGCUACCUGAUACCAGUCAACUGUAUCAAGAAAGAGCCUGGGGUUGCUCCUAUUAACCCAACUCCAAUUCUACCUAAGCCAGUAAACUUCACACCGGCUUUGAGGCCACUUGGUAUCAAUCCUGGACAAGUAACUGGUAUGCCAUUAGCUUCAGUUUCGUACCCUGCACCCAGAAGCAUACAUCCUGCGACUCAGAUCCCAAUUUCUAUCACAGCAGCAAAGGUAAUUGGAAAUGGGGAGAUUUCUAAAGAUGUUGAUAUCGCGGUUACCACAGGGACAAGAUAUUCUGUCCAGGAAAAAGAAUGUGCAACCCCAGAGAAUCAGACAGGAAAAACAUUGUGCAGUGAGGCAGCGCUUGCUCCAAUAAAUGAACAGUCUGAAGCAUCUAGAACCACAAAGAUAUCUUCCUGUGAGACCAUACCAGACUCUGGUCUAUCUAUCAGUGGACAGUCUUCAUCAAAUGAAAUGGAGGAGCAAGAAAGGGGAAGCUUGCCGGAGGGCCAUCAAUUACCUAUGGAUGUUGACAAAGAGACUGAAUGCCCAAAUGUUGAUACAUCUUCUGGCAGUCAAAGAAGGGUGAAAUUUGAUGCAGUGCUGCCAGUACUGCCCCCUAAUGAAUCUACCAUUGCUGGACUGAUGGCACUGCUUUUGGAUAGAAAGCGGCUAGAGGUUACUGCGAAAAAGAAUUCAAGUAUCAAGAAAGUAGGAAGCUGGAACUUGCAAAGCAACAAAAGAGGAAUUCUGAGGGGUAGUGAAGGUCUUUUGCAAGAGUUAUCAUCUAAAGAAUCAUCGCAAGAAGUCUCAAAGUCUGAUGAAAACGAGAGUGUGAACAAGCACAAGGCUGUUAAAGGCAAAUCUGCUGGACAUACAAAGGCUGCAGUUAAAUAUUCAGCCAGUGGUAGCGGAACUGGAGAAGGGAAAUGGGAGAUAAGAGUUCCUGUAUCCCUUGACGCAACUAAGAAGGCAGGUAAGAAAGAUAGCUACUGGGUAACAACGAGAAACACGGAUGGGUAUGCCAAGGCUUUGGACAGAAUCAGGAAAAGUGAUUGGUACAAAGCUUUACAUCCACGCUUCCUAUCAAUGUUCUUGUGGCCAGCCUUACUCUCCAUCGUUGGGCCGCAUAAGAAGAAGGUUCUUCUUCCUAAAAAGAAACCACUCAACAAACAGCAGUCAGAGAAUCAACCAAGCACCUCACAGGAACUCAAACCAAAAUCAAGAAAGUACAAGUAUGGGCAGCAUGGUCGAAAAAAAUACAAAAGAUCGGUGGAGAAAACUACCCCUCCGAAAUGCAAACCAACAGAAGGGAAAAAAGAGUACAAGCGUGGAAAGCGGAAGGAUGUUGUGGCAAAUCCAGAUGGAGUAGCACGCAGAACAAGGAGUGCAUCACAGAAAAAUAGCACAACUGAAGCUGCUGGUCAAGAUCAAAAGCGACGUUCCAUCUACGUCGUUCCAUCAGAUUCCGACAGUGAAUUUGAAGAUCAAGAUGAAGUUGCUGACGUUCCCACGAGCACAGAAGUGCACCCACAAGUCCUCAUGUCCUUUGGAUAUCCUGAGGCAAGGAAAGGGACCGAGGUUCAUCCUGUAGGAGAACAAAGUGGAAUCGUGUUGUCAUUACUUCAACAACUGCAUGAGAGUAGUGGCAUGGAUACGUCAAAAAUCAAAGAACAGAGCUCCUCUCAGGAGGUACCUAGUGUUCCAGUGUCAUCAAAUAGACCAGAAAGUCCAAUAGGAAACUCGACAAAAUCUGUGAGUCAGACCGCAAUAUCCUCUAACAGCAAGAAAAGACCUUUGGAAGAUCCUGUUGUCUCUGGAGCUUCUCCUAAAAGAGCAAAAGAGGAUUAGGUGCAUGCUUUGUUGUAAAUAUGUAUUUGGAAAUGCGUGUGUUAUUUAAGCAGCUUUAUUGUGUAUAGCCUUGGGGUAUCUAUAAGGUGACUGUCACACCUGGCCCCUACAAAAAAGUUAGCGAUUAACCGCUUAUUUGAAAGAGGAAUCCUGAUUGUUUCAUAGUCAGUUUACUGAGCAAAAUGUGCAUGAAACGAUGAUCUUCAUAGGCCAUUUCAUUUAGUGAUGCCGCUAACCUUUGUGCUUCGAAGCACUGGACAAUGCACAGUGGGCCAGAAUGAGCUCGAAGUGCUAUAUUUUUACUACCACAUAUUAAUUGGGGGUAAUUACGGGUUUAGAAUUGACUGGACAAUUCCAAACCCAUAUGACGUCAGGGGCGGAUCCAGCUUUUGCCAAUAGGGGGGGCCGAAAAAAUAUUUUCAUCAACAUUUUUCUCGAUUGGCCGCUAUAAUCUGAUUUUUUUGUUGGUUUUCAGGGGUAGUCCUAACUAAAGACUGAAGUUUUAAGUAUAUGUUUUUUUUAUUAUUAUAAACAAGAUAAGGUAUCUCAUGAUGUCUUAAUAUAUAAUGCGAGCGUGAAGCGCGAGCUCAAAUUCUCUGAUAUUUUAUGUCCUUACACUUGAAGAUAGUAUCCAAAAUAAUAAACAAUGCGAGCGCGAAGCGCGAGCCAAAAUUUUAUUAUAAUAACGUGAAAAGGGACUAAAUUAGGACUGUUUCUUAGUGAUUAAAGAAGAGGAUACAAGUAUCACCAAUUAAAUAAUGAGAGUGCGAAGCGCGAGCUCAAAAUUUUUGAUAUUCCGACCUGAAAACUGGACAAUCUAAGCGCGUUUUUAUUUAAAUAAAGAACAAGCUGUGUUGCGCGAAGCACAAGCUUAAUUUUUUGAUAUAGGAGCAUUUUGACAAAUUUUGGUGAGAAUUUCCAGACAGGAUAGGUAACUCAAAAAUCAAACAAUGCGAGCGCGCAGCGCGAGCUGAAAAUUUUGAUAUAUUAUAAACUAUUUGUGUAAAUCAAAAAAAUAAUGAAAGCUUUAUGGGCGAGCUGAAAUAUUGUGUGCAAAUUGAUUUCAGAACUGGAUAUAUAAGUGCAAUUUAAUCCUCUUGAAUGAGAUUAAUUACACAGGCAAUGCGAGCGCGAAGCGCGAGCGAAAUUUUUGAUAUAAAGUCUUUUUUCCAAUUCUUCCCCCUCACCUUUUUUUGUUUCUUUUCGGGGUCGGGCCGGCCGUUACGAGGCUGUAAAUUACACAUCAUGGGUAUGAUAGCUCUUUCUUACUUUUCUUUCUGUUUUUCAUAGUUUAUAUCAAGUCAAAGAGUACAUUCUUUUUUGCAGGUUGUCAAAUAAUAGGGGGGGCCGGCUCGGCCCCCUCCUGGAUCCGCGCCUGGACGUCAUCUUGAUACUUUAUUUUGAUUGGUUACUUCAAACCUAUCUUUGAAGCGAUGAAUUACGCGAAACACUUUGGACUAUAUAAUGUUUGUUUUGGGUGUUACUUUAAGAUAAAACUGAGAAAACCUUGGUUUGUGAUUCCACGUGUCUAAAAAGACAAUAUUAUAAAGAUUGUACAUCCAGCCCCUUAUAUGCCAAAAUUUCUGGUGGUUGUUUCAUAAAGCUGUUUGAAGCUUGCAAAGGACCAUUUCCUGUGGUACAUGAUCCCUAUGCAACUGACUUAGCGCCUAACAAUGUGUUCCAGCCGUGUGUAAAGUCGUGUGUAACUUUACAAUCAGCUUUAUAAAAUGCUCACCUGGAAUGUUUAGUCUCUGCUUUAUGCUUCAUAUGAGAGAGUGUAAUGCUCUGAACUUGUCAUAGCUUCAUUGUGCAGUUCAUGAGGGAAAAUUGGAAAUGGAGAAAAGAGAUGGUUUGACAAGGUUGGGUUAUUUGCCCAAUAGCUUCAUGGCAUUUUAGUGAUAUCUAUGGUAUAGUCAAACAGCACAAUUACUAAUUACCGGUAUAUCAUGAUUAUUUCUAAUGCUUAUGAAUUUCAGAAUACAUGGGUAGAUAUUGAUAACAAUGUUGCCAUGUAUUUGUGUGGAGUUGAAACAGAAAUGAGAUAUUGUGUCUGUGCAAGAAUGUCCUUAGUACCACACUAUCGCGCAUCGCAUGCACAGAGCUGCCAACUACUAGGAAAAAAGUCAUAAUAAUUAGGAUUUUCAUGUCAAAUUAUGCCAUUAUGCUUUUGACCUUAAUUAUGACACUUUUCAGGGCAAUUAACAUAUAAUUCUAUAUUCAUGAACAUUGGGCAGUGAUGAACUCAUCUGAAGGUGGCCAAUGAUGCUCAUUUUUAUUUGCAUGGUCGUGUUUCUUUGUUUACAUUGUUUUUAAUACUAUCAUCACAUGCUUAAUUACUGACUCGACCUUGCGUUUUUUUCUUCUUGAUGUAUCGAGGAUUUACACAAAAGAAUGAGUGGUCUAGCUACCAGAGAUAAUUCUGAAUCUGAGCCUUAGAGGAUUCAUUUCUUUUUAAGAAUCUGUUCUUUAUAUUACCUCUUCAAAAAAAAUUCAUAUUGCCGCAUUGACCAUAUGAAAUUAUGACUUUAACAUCAAAAUUAUUACUUUUGAGCUUCUGGAUUACUACUUUUUAAAUUUUAAAGGUUGGCAUGCGUGCAUAAUUGCAUUGCGUCGGGGUGUUUUCUGCACCGAUGCGGUGUGCGAAACUGUUUUGCUAUGGAUGUUCUUGCACCAAAACAACAAUAUUAUUCACAUGAUGUAAGGCUUUCAAGUCAGUUGUCUUUAUCAGUUAUUGCUUGAUAACAUUUGUUCCAUCGGAGCAGGGGCGGAUCCGGGAUUUUCCAAAGGGGGGGGGGCACAUUUUCUCAGAGGGAAAAUUUGACAACCCAAAAAAAAGGUCUUUACUCAAAAGACGGGGCACACCUCUGUUUAAUGGCAUUUUUACAUUAUGAAAUUUAAUUUUGCUUCUCAAAAGGGUCGGGGGGGGCAUGGGCCGGCUGUGCCCCCCCCCCCCCCCUGGAUCUGCCAGCGCAUCGGAGUGUAUUCCCAAACAAAGUAGACUUUUUCUAGCCUUCUGAUAGAUUUGUUUUCAAGUCAUGGUUGAUUAUGCUCAAAGGCCAUCAUUUGGUCUGAUUGUUAUGGCUAAAAUAUUUUUUUUUGUCUAUUCCUUUUUUGGGGGGUUGUAAGAUACCAUCGUGAGAGGUAAAAUAUUAUUUUCAAUAUGAAAAAGUGCUUUAUUUUUCUUAAUGUUAAUGACCCAGUUAUAUAAUGCAAAGUCAAGUGCCCUCCUACCUGGCAGCAGAAUUUUUUAACAUGAGAAUGAAAUAACAAAAACAUUGAAAUAAAUGCAUGCUACAAUGAUGUAUAAAGUGAUUAUAUGUAACAAUUGCAGCUAUAUUUAUUUUGUAUGAAAUUAAAUAUCUUCCUGGUUUUGUUGAAGUUAUUGAGGACUCAGUGUAUAUACAACAUGUCUGUGAAAUGAACUAUGUGCUAGAAAACAGUUGAUUGGAGUUUGAUAGUGCAUUAAACCAUGCUUCAUGAA